AGCGAAAUCAUAAUCGAAAUGAACAUUAUGAAUUUUCUUCUGAAUUGACAAUGUUGAACCCAAAGUUAAAUGUAAAAUUUCGUGAUUGUAUCAAUGUCAGCCUCACUCUCCACGUGCAAGAUGGCGAAGAAAAUCAAAUCUGGAACGUUGCCUCAAACCAUCUCCUUAGAACCUGGCCUCCAAAAAGAAUUCAAUAAAACAGUAAAAGAAAUCAAAGAUAAUACUAAAGGUACAAGUGGGCUUACAGGGGUCAUCUACAUAGGACACGUUCCACAUGGAUUCUUUGAAGAGCAGAUGCGACAAUUUUUCUCACAAUUUGGACACGUCAACAGAGUUAGGAUUGCCAGAAGUAAAAAGACUGGUAACAUCAAGGGUUAUGCAUUUGUUGAGUUCCUCUAUGAUGAAGUGGCAGACAUUGUGGCAGAAACUAUGAAUAAUUAUCUCAUGUUCAACAAAUUAUUAAAAUGUGAACAUAUUCCAGCUGACAAAGUACAUCCAGACAUGUUUAAAGGUGCAGGGAGAAAAUUUAUGAAACCCAAGGCACAUAAGGUUGCAAUUACCAGAUAUAACAACAUGGUCUCACUUGAAAAACAAAAACAAAUAAUACCUAAAAUAACAAGGAAAAAUGCAAAGAAAAUGGCAAAGCUUAAAGAGUUGGGAAUUGACUAUCGCUUUGAUGGUGUGAAGAUUGAGAAGAAGAAGCUGAAGUUAAGCAAAGGUGCAGAUGAUGGUAAACCAUUAAAUGAUACAGUGACUGUAACUGAUGAAGUUCCUAUGGAGAAAAUUCAAGUGCUUUAUGAUGAUGAAAGUGAAGAUGAAAUCACAUUUAAAACACCACCUCAGACUGUUCGUACACCCAAGCCUAAUAAAUCAGAAAAAUCAUUAAGGAAGACUAAGGGGGAUAGUGGAUCACUCAUAAAAAAGACAUUAAGGAAGAGGAAAAUUCAAAACUGAUGAAGUACUUCAUGUGGCUUAAAGGAAGUAAGAAGAUGUUGUAUUUGAUAAAACAAUAUUUCAUCAUCUAUUUUAGUCAACCUUACUAUAGUACUACACCAUCCUAGUAUUUAAUGUUAAAGAUGAAUGCUAAAAUGUUAAUUUAAAUCUACAUCUUGGAAAAAUAAAUGAAUAUGAAUGCUCU